CCCUAAUUUGAAGCAGCGAGAGAAUCGACCACAGCUGCGCCAAUAGCCGGUGCAAGAGUUCUACAACAGUAGCCAUGGGUAAGGUUCACGGAUCGCUGGCUCGUGCUGGUAAGGUGAGGGGCCAAACACCAAAGGUUGCCAAGCAGGACAAGAAGAAGAAGCCACGCGGCCGCGCUCACAAGCGUAUGCAAUACAACCGCCGCUUCGUCACUGCCGUUGUGGGAUUUGGCAAGAAGAGGGGACCCAACUCUUCAGAGAAGUAAAGCUUGAGAUAAUGAAGACUUCUGCUGGUGAAGGUGCUUAUCUUGUGUCAUGUCAAACUUUCUCAUUAAUUAAGUCUUGUAGUGUUUUUAGUUACUUUGGUUGAGUUUGAACUAUGAUGAAGACAUGGUCAUUUAAUUAGCUGGAAAUUACAUGAUUUGAUUUGGAAUUCAGAUGUUGAAUGCAGAGUUUAUUAUGAGUUUUUCUUUCCUUGUGUUGAUAUGUUACUUGUUGGAACAAUUGUGUGAAA